AUGAGGCGCGCCGCUGGUUACUUUUCAGGAGGGGCGACCGCGCCGGCUUUCCCUGGAUCCUCCAUUUACUGCUCCCAGGACUACCCGAAGCCAAGGCCGCAGAUAUUCCGAUACCAAAACGGGAUACCCAUCGUGUCCGACAAGUCCAUAUCAGGUCCACGCGGUGCGUCCCCUAAAACAAAAGACGCAACAGAGGGGCGGCGCCUUGGAUGCCAGGAGUCCACGCCAAGCAAACUGACGCCUGGCGCAUCGAAUGCAUCAACAAUCGAGAACCGCCCUUCCGAAAUUCCUGACUGGAUCGCAUAUGACCGCCAGGUGCUGCGGUUCUAUGCCUAUUUCAUCGACGACGUGGGCGAAAAUGGCUUGGAGCAGUGGCGCGUGAGAAAAUGCAUAUUGUACUACUACCUGGAAGACGGAACCCUAAUGAUCAGCGAGCCCAAGGAAGACAAUAGUGGCCUGCGCCAAGGCACAUUCCUUCGAAAACACAGGGUUCGCCUUCGAGACAAACCAUCGGAGUACAUCUCGUGGAGGGACGUGACCGUUGGGCAGCCAUUGGCAAUCUACGGGAGACAGUUCCACAUCACGGGCUGCGAUGCGUACACACGCGGUUUCAUGCUAUCCAAGGGCGUCAGCGUCGCGGAAGAUAAGAAACUCCCGGAGGGGCCUUACCAAAAGGAGGUCCAGAGGCAAACAAAACCGGAAUGCUCGAAAACGGCGCCUUGUACAUCAGAACUUUUGGAAGCCAGGCCCAGAGACCAAUUCAUGAAAUACAACCGCAAGGUUCUGCGAUUCAGCGCCUACUGGGACGACACGAAGUCCGCAUUUGGCGACAAGCUAUCAUUCAUUCUUCAGUAUUACCUGGUUGACGACACCGUGGAGAUUUUCGAGGCCAAGUGCGUGAACAGCGGGAGGGACUCGUUUCCGGUGUUCUUGAGAAGAAUGAAGCUGCCGAAGUCGAGCUACGGAGUUGGUGGAAGGCCGCUUUCCGCGGACUCCAGGACUCGCACGAGCUUGAGCUUCUACAAUUGGAGGGACUUCCGCAUCGGAGAUACCAUAAAGAUUUACGGACGAGGCAUGGUGCUCGCUGAAGCAGACGACUUCACUCGGCGCUGGUACAAGGAUCAGCUGGGAAUGGAAGACUUUGAACUGGAUCCAGUGAAGGCAGGUUAA